AUGAGGGUGGUGUUUAUUUUAGGAUUUUUAACACUCCUAGCAAUUGCACAAACACGUCGAUUACCUGCAAAGAAAAUAGAUGAAUCUAAAGUAGAGAUCAUCAAUAAUGACCAAGAACCUGCUGCAUCAGGACAUAAAAAAGAAGCCCCCAAAAAUCAUGAAUACAAGAAAGGAGGUGGGAAAGAACACCACGCGGAGCAUCAUCAUGACCACGACGAAAAAGGUGUAAAAGGAUAUAAGGGCCACCAUCACCACGAGAAGGGUGAAAAAGGACACCAUGACAAGGAACACCAUAAAGGUGAAUAUGACGAUCAUGGCGGGCACAAGAAGGAGCAUCAUCAUGCAGAUGGCCACUAUGAUGAACACCAUAAAGGAGAAAAAGGUGAGAAAGGCCAUAAGUACGCCGAAAAAGGACACUACAACAAGGGACACUCAACGAAAGGACAUCACGAAAUACAUAAAUUGGAUGAAUUCAAAAAGGAUAAAACCUUCUUUGAUGAAGAGGGUGAUUCAGGUCACGAAGAAAAGCAUGGAGGGUUCCACGAGGAACACGGCCACAAGAAGGGCGGUCAUUAUAAGAAAGGUCAUCAUCACGGUGAUCAUCACGAUCAUGAGCAUGGUGAAAAAGGAUACCAUGAGAAGGGUGGCCAUCAUCACGAACAUAAAGGGCACAAAGAAUCAGGUGGACAUGACUCACACCAUGACCACCAUCACGAUCACGGCAAGAAAGGCGAGCACGCUCACCACAAAAAAUAUGGAUACAAGAAAGGCCACUGA